CAUAGCUUCGUAUUAAAUGAGAACGCACUGUCGAGAGACCACCUGGAACCAGAGUCAACGCAAGGUACUGACUUACCGAUACCUGUUGGCGACUUUGAAGAGCUCAUAAUUCUUCUUGCACAGUUUUAUUGCUAUAAAUCAACAACCACGGCUGAUUUUAGUUCUACAUCUCUCGGCAGUUUGGACAGUUACUGUAACAGAAUGAAAGACAUUUGCUGCUUAGCUGCCAUCGUCUGCAUCGUUCCAAUACUAUGUGAAGCACUGGGAGAAACGGGUAUGCCUUGUCAGCCCAGAGCUAUUAGGUAUUUUAGGCCUGAAAGGGUUGCAGGAACGUGGUAUGCUACCAAUUUUUACUGGCCCGACUUGACAGCUGAGCUUUGGCGGGACUACACCAACACCUUCACUCUUCAUCCUAAUGGAAACAUGACGUGGCAGUUCGAUCUUAGAUGGAGUUUUACUAACUUUUCUGAGUGUGACGGCUGGUCACGUGAGCUAGUGCCUGACCCUAAUUUCAACGGCAAAUACGACUGGAUAUACAACGGAUCACACUACGACUCCCUGUACUUUGCGUUCAACCUCGAUAACCUUACAUUCACUUACCAGAUAGGUCCCGGAUCGGACGAGGUGCGCAUGGUCACGGUAUUUUCACGCACACCCUCGAACACAAAGAUAAUUCUCACCAAACGUGCCUUAAUUCGUUUAUUCUGCGUGACCGCGGAGGACGUCGCCGUGAAUUUGUGGAAUGUUACACAUGAAAACCCUUGCCCAGCAUAAUGCUGCCAGGAUGAAGCAGAUAUACUGAGUAACAUUCAGUGAACCAACCCUUUGAUCUUUGUCAGUCAAAAGCUUUGAUCACAAAUGGAUGUUACAUUAUUUCUGAAUAUACCAGUAUCAUGUCCUGUUAUUGUCAGAUACUCCGAGCUUCAAAGAUCUCUUUGUGUCUACCGGAUACACUUUGCCAUUCUGUGCUUAUAACAGAGGUAAAUUUCCAGAUCAGUUAUAUCAGCUUUGAGACUCAUGGUGCUUCAUUUUCUGUGCAAAAAAUCUCCAAACGAGGUAAUGCAAUCCACCCACCCCCAUGCUACGGUCUUCUAGAGAUGUGAACCAGCGCACGAGUAUUAGGAUGUGCUAGAAUCGCUUUCUAAAGAAGACAGUGCCACUUGAUUGUAAAACCAAUGCAUAUUCAGAAAUCUUGAUUGUUCUGCCCUUCAUGUUUUAAGAGUAUUUUUGUCUCCGAAGAAACUUCCCUUGCGGAAACAAAAAUCAUAUAUGUCUCUUUAUUUAUCUAUUCGUCACGUAUUGAGGAUACGGAACUAUACCUUGAGCACUAAUUAAUUUGUUGAAAACAAAAGAUCAGUGUUAUACCUACAUCUACAUUGUAAGCCUGUAACUUUACACAAAUGAUGUUUUGCCUAGUUUCAAAUCUCCUUUUAUUUUCUGGCAAAUAGUUUAAUAAGCAGGACUAUUUUUCCCCAUGGGGCAUGCAAAGAGAGUUCCUCCUGCACUGAAAAUACUCCUAAAGAGACGAACAUUAACACGGUCGUAGCGAAACUUUAUCCUCUGAGUGAAGACGUCAAUCAUAUGCAAAAAUCCUCACUGGACAGCACAGAAACGCGCACAUGUUUCGCGAAAAAUGUGUCUGUGAAUAUUUAGUGAAAAGUCGAUAUGUGGUCCUGGUAGUUUACCACUAUUUUUUUUAAUAU